AUGAAUAAAGAGCUUCUGCAAUUUUAGUUGAUCUUAUUAUUUUCUUCUGUGAUCACUUUAUUUUAUUUAUAUGACCGAGAAUUGAAUAAAAAGAAGAUUUCACUUUUGUUUUCUAUUUGCAACAUAAGCAUAUUUUUGAUUGAAAUAAGAAUGAUAGGAAAUUUGAGAUAUUUAACUAUAGCAGCUGCACUGUUUCUGGUAUUUCGAUAUUAUAGCAAAUAACCAAACAAAGCCUACAUCCCAUAGAUAAAUAUUUUGAAUACUCAAGUUUAAGAAUGCACGAACAAAAUAGAUCAAGAAAUGGAACAAUAACCUCAAUAUCUACCAGCCAUUCCAUCGAUUCAUGAGAGCAACUCCAGUAUGACACCCAAAUAGAUCCGCCUGUCCAAUGAGAACAUUAAUGGACCCCAAAAUACGACAGAAAGGGGACAACAACACAUUAAGUAGGAUUCUGGUAUGAGUUUCUUGGGAGACAACAAAAGAUCGUAAUAUUCUAAGAAUUAUAGCAAUGGUGGAAUGCCUUAGCGAUAGCUGAGUAGCUCUCCGAAUCAAUCCAAUUUUAACGUUAUAAAGUUUCAAGACGAUUGUGGAGAGAUCAAAUUUGGCAUUCUCAAAACUUUGAAAUCAGUAAAUUAUGAUUAACUUGGAAAGGAGAUGGAGGGCAUCUACCAAAAUGACAAAACUUUGACGAAGUUAUUAACUAAUAUUGAGAAAAAGGGAGGACCUCGAACGCAGAUUCUAUACGAGAGUCAAUAACAAACACAUCAAGUUUUUGAUGAUAACUUACGAGGAGGCAUUCAAUUAGAUUACACUAAUAACGAUUCAAUUAAAAUUGAUGAACCAAAAAAAGUGACAUGGAAGAAGAUCUGGUAAACAUUAUUCUUCUAAACUGUUUUAAUUUGUAAUUUGUACAUAAGCCAUCCAUGGCAAUCAGUCUAAGUCAUCCUAUUCGCAUUUAUUUGUUUAAGAUAAAUUUUAAUAUUGUCGAAGUUAAAAAUAAAAGAAUUAGAAAUAACAUUAGAUUUCAGGUAGAUUUUAAUAUGGAAUUCCCUUGUGUUUUUACCUUUAAUUUUUUUAUUUAUUUUAAACCUUAUCGUCUAAAGUAUCGCCUUGAUAGUAACUACAAUUGCUCAACUGAUCUCAGUUAUGAUCACCCUUAAAUAUUAUCGUGCAUGUUAUGAGCACAUUCAUUUAGUAUCUUUUUAUAUACUUUUGUUGGCCACUCUACUUUGUUUUAUUUGA